AUAUGCCACCACCGUUGCUGCCGAUGGACCUUAAAGGGGAACCUGGACCUCCUGGAAAGCCUGGCCCAAGAGGACCUCCUGGGCCACCUGGCUACCCGGGGAAACCGGGCACUGGCAAACCGGGACUUCAUGGCCAACCAGGCCCUGCUGGGCCACCUGGCUUUUCUGGCAUUGGCAAACCCGGCAUUCCAGGGCUUCCUGGCAAGGCAGGGAUGAAAGGGAUGCCUGGGCUGAAAGGUGAGCUGGGCAUGAGAGGAGACCAAGGGCCAAGAGGCUUGCCAGGACCACCGGGGUUGCCUGGCCCCGCAGGCAUCUCUGUAAAUGGGAAGCCAGGCAUAACAGGUAGCCCAGGUCUACCAGGGUUCCGGGGGGAGCCCGGUGCAAAAGGAGAGCCUGGCCCUCGAGGCGAGCGUGGCAUGAAGGGCGAAAACGGGGUUGGGAAGCCAGGGUUGCCAGGGCCACGAGGGAAUGGAGGCCCCCCUGGCCCUGCAGGUCCUCCUGGACCUGUGGCCAUUGGAAAACCUGGACUGGAUGGAUUGCCUGGUGCUCCAGGUGGCAAAGGUGACUCAGGGCUUUCAGGAGAGCCAGGGGUUAAUGGGCCGCCUGGGCCGAUGGGACCCCGUGGCCCACCAGGUGUGGAUGGAAUCGGUAUACCAGGGGGGGCUGGCAUGCCAGGCAUGCAAGGGCCUUUGGGUCCCAAAGGGGAACCUGGUCUCCGCGGCCUUCCUGGCAUGCCUGGGCCUACAGGAUAUGGGAAGCCAGGCAUGCCGGGCUUAAAGGGAGACCGUGGGCAGCCAGGCAUGCCAGGCAUCAUUGGAGACAAAGGGGAGCCUGGCAUGGAUGGAGAGCCGGGUGAGAUGGGUCCCCCUGGCAUUACUGGGACUCCGGGUCCUCCAGGCUCCAUGGGGUUGCCAGGUAAACAUGGUAUUCCGGGCCUUAAAGGUGAAGCUGGACCAAGUGGGCCUGGAGGGCUACCAGGCAUGCGUGGGGACCAAGGGCCCAGUGGAUUUGUGGGGAAGCCAGGAAUUCCUGGAGAGAGAGGACUGCCUGGAUCACAAGGGAUGCCUGGCCCAAUGGGCCCCAAGGGGGAGACUGGUUUCAUGGGACUUCCUGGGGUGCCAGGACUGACAGGAUCCAUGGGCUCCAAGGGGGAUUCUGGUAUCCCAGGGCAACCAGGGCUCAGAGGCUCAUCAGGUAUUCCAGGUUUACAAGGCCCUUCUGGGCCAAUGGGGCCUCAGGGUUUACCUGGACUGAAAGGCGAGCCGGGCCUGCCAGGGGCCCCAGGAGCCGGCAAAGUAGGAGAGCCAGGUAUUAUAGGUCCCAGUGGGCCACCAGGGGUUCCUGGUAAUCCUGGAUUAAAUGGGAUGCCGGGACCACCAGGGCCACCUGGGCCACCAGGUGCACCAGGUGUGUUUGAUGAGACCGGAAUUGCUGGCCUCCACUUGCCAGAUGGAGGCGUGGAGGGAGCGGUGCUGGGGCAUGGCAAGCCUGGGAAGCCACAAUAUGGCCGAGGGGAACUAUCUGCCCAGAUGGUCCCUGCCUUCACUGCCAUCUUGACCUCGCCGUUCCCAGCUUCAGGAAUGCCAAUAAAAUUCGACAGGACUUUGUACAACGGGCACAAUGGCUAUAACCCAGUGACGGGGAUCUUCACUUGCCCCGUCUCUGGGAUCUAUUACUUCGCUUAUCAUGUCCACGUGAAAGGAACUAACAUCUGGGUGGCGCUUUAUAAAAACAACGUGCCUGCCACCUACACCUAUGAUGAAUACAAGAAAGGCUACUUGGACCAAGCUUCUGGUAGUGCUGUGCUUGAACUCAAAGAGAAUGACCAGGUCUGGGUCCAGAUGCCAUCGGAUCAAGCCAACGGCCUGUACUCCACUGAAUACAUCCAUUCUUCUUUUUCUGGAUUCCUUCUCUGCCCCACAUAACAGCUGUUGGGCACAUUUCCUUUUAUCCACUUUAGCCAUAAACUUGUCUUUUUAAAAAAAUAAAACAAAAAAUACAAAACAUCACUGGGAAGAUGGUGCAAAUUGGUGGUGUGGAACCAUUUUGACCAAGCCGAGGAGCUAAUAUGGGAGUGAGAACUUUGUUGGUGCUGUACCAUCGUUGUAUUUGGAAUGCAGUUUACCCUAGUGACUGCACAUCAAACACAGAUGCUAACUUGGGGAUUCGCUGCCCGUCAAUUUCUCUUAAGAUGCACAGAAGGCAUUUGCUAGACGGCAGUGAUAGACGGGGAGCUGCAUCCUAUGACAUAUAAAGUUGUAGAGGUGUUGGGGUUUUUUAUCAACUUAAGGC